GCGAGUUCUGACGCUGUCGUUGACGAGAAUAUUUCGAUUGUGCAGAGCAAAAGUUUUGUGUCGACACAGGGGUGGGAUUCGGAGAUGAUUGUGGAUUACAGGAUAAAUGAGGAUGAGUUUCAUAAGAUUAGCUUGUUGCACUGUGAUUUCUUCAUCAGGAAGCCGCCGGAUCCAGACAACGAUGUCUAUGAUUUCAGAGAGAUGUAUGUUACUCCUCCAGACACUGAUGUUUAUGCCAUCCCCAAAGUUCUUGCUCCAAUGCCUCAGAAGUAUAUUAGAUGUGCUCAGAGUGAUUAUGGAUGCUACAAUGUCACAGAACCACCCAUUGAUGCACCUCGGGAUCCAUUAUAUAAGUCUGAGAAGGAGGUUCUUAAGGUUUUCUUGACGAAGCACUUCAGAAACCGAAGGCUGCGUGACCCAGAAUUUGUCCUAGAUUUUGAGGAAAUAUAUGUAAUUGAUUCAAAAACCAAGUCGAUCACCAGGGCAAAAGUCUUGGUUACAGUUCCAGGAGGAAGAGAUAGGGACAGGAGAAGUGACUUACUUGUAGUUCGCGAUAAUGGGAACUCGUUCAAGAUCAUUCAUUCGAGCGAACGAGAUGAUCCAACCACAGUGAUAGAGAAGGAGGAGUGGACCAAAACUAGACUAGAUAUGGAGAGACAUCUUAGGAAGCUAAGGGAUUUCAGCACUUCAUAUUGGUUUUAAACAACCAUUCAAACUGCAAAACUUGCCUCACGAUUGUUAUCUUCUUAGAAGUUAGGACAUGAAACGUGGUUUCAAAGUUCAAGCUUGGUUAUGAAUGAAACCGCCUUCAGCCAUCGUGCGAGUCCCAUCAUGGCUCCUGCCCUCAGGAUCUGUAAUGAGUUCAAUUAUGGUUAGUUACACUUGCAGUGAUCCAUCUUGUUAAUUCAUGCUUCUUGCUUUCAAUUCUCAUAGCGAGAUAGAGUCGUUAAUCCAAGAAAACUAGCCGUUUGUAGAUUUGUAAUGCUCAGAGAAUUGAGUAAAGCAAAAACAGUUACUGUUUGCUCCUGUUGUUGGUUCUGUUUUGACUAACCAUUGAAAGAAAAUUUUGGUUUGUGGCAUUGUAUGAGGUUA